CAAAUUACACCGGGACUCCUAGAGUAAUAUAGACAGGACGUUUUUUAAACUUUUUUUCUACAUAGAUGCCAAAAUGUUGCCUUUCAAGAGAACUUUUGAGGGCGAGAAACACCAGCUGCAGCAGCUCAACAGCAGACUUGCCCAGUAUCUUUCCAGAACGAAGCAGCUGGAGCAGGAAAAUGCGCAUCUUAUCACUGAAAUAAAUAAACUCAGACUAGCGAGGACGGCGGAAUGGGAGCCGAAGUACAAGGGUGAGAUGCGGGAUCUGAGGAGAAUGGUGGGGCAGCUGUCGUUUGAAAAGUCCCAGGCUGAGAUGGAGAGGGAGAAGCUAUGGCGGGAGUUGCAGAGGGUCCGGUCUAUGUGCAGCGAGCAGACUGAAGUGUGCAGGGACAUCUGUGGCGAUCUGAAAGGCUGUGAGAAGGAGCUUCACCAUGCUCACACGACCAACAGUGAACUCCAGCAGCGUUUAGUACAACUAGAGAAUGAGUUAAAACACUUGGAUGAUGCGCACAGACAAGAAAAGGACCAUCUCCGGCGGCAGGUGGAGUCCCGGGUGUUACCCAUCAUCACGCAAACUUACCGCGGGCCUCCAGCAGCCACCAUGGAAGAGGUGCAAGAGUAUGCCCGGGGUAUGUCCGAAGGAUGGAUCGAGACUUUUGAUAUGUACCAGCAGAAGGUGGAAGCGAUGGAGCAGACCAUUAAAGAGGAUCAGGCGAGGCUGAGCGAUCUGCAGAGGGAGAAGAUGCAGUAUGCAUCAGAGUUGGGCAAAUUACGCACAGAGGCGGAAAAACAAGGUCAGAUUCAAUUCCAUCUUGAAGAAGAACUGAUGCGCAUGCAGGAGAAAUUCCGGGGGGACUUCACUGAAUAUCAGAUGAUUAUCGAGCAGCUGGAGCAUGAUAGGAAUGCGAUGGCUAAUGCUAUUGCAGAAAAGAUGAGAGAGCAUCAGCACCUUCUCCAGGUGAAGAUGGAUCUGGGCAUGGAGGUGGCGGCCUACAGGGCUCUCCUGGAAGGUGAGAGAGUGCAUAUGCAAGAUGCUCCUAGGAGGGUGCAUCAACAGCAAAGAGAAAGAAUAAUAGAUAUAAAGAGGUCUGCCCAGCCCUACACUGCAAGAGCUUCCCCCUCUACUACCAUCAGACAACAAAGGGAUAUCAGGUACACGCCACCGACUUCACACGUGAGAAGAUCCCCUGUGCCUCCCUCUGGGUCCAUAAGUCCCUCUAGGGUCAUCCCUAUUUCAGUUGCAGGCAGAGCUCGGCAUCAGAGUCCUGCAUCCAGAAGGGACAUGAUAUCAUUCACCAAAGCUCGGGCUGCCGCCUCUGCCCCUGCUACCUCCACCACCACUGCCGCCAAAGAUAAACAGAGUGAAAACCAAAUAAGAAGAAGUGUACAGACAACAGCAGCAGAGGAGAAAACUGUUGAAAUUAAACCGGUCUCUCAGGUAGACAACCAAAUCAGACCCAUUAAGUCCUCCACUACUGAGACCACAUCAGUGAGAGUGGUGUCACCACCAAUGAUGAGCCUGAGCAGGAAAACUGAGACAGAAAGCAAAAAGCAAGUGUCAGAUGAAAAAGAAGAAGAGUCUACAAUGGGCCCCAGAGAGAAAAAGAUAUUAGAGUCUGUGUCUGUAGAGGAUAUCAUAGAGAAAGUGAUGAGACCAGCAGGUUUGGAGGCUAAGGUUUGCUCCGCGGGAGAUUCAAAGGUAAGAUACCAUGUGGAGAAAACCGAGCAGGAAGACGGAACGACUAAAACACAGAUUGUGUUGGAGUCCAAAGUGGAGGAAGAGCUUGAUUUUUCUGAGGACUCUGCACUGGAUGAACUACUGAGCCAGGGGGUUAAGAAGGUGUCACUGGAAGACAUCGAGGACACAGAAACAGGAAACAUGAUCAAGAACCUGCUGAGUGGCUUGCAGGGAAGUGAGAACUUGGCAAACAGGUCUGUCAACGUGGAGAUCAUUGAGGAACCGGUGGAGUCUUACAGUGAUGAGGAGCUUGAGGUCGAGCAAAAGUCCAAAUCCACUUUCCAUGAGCCCUCUUCAACAUAUUUCCAAAUUGAGGAGCUAGAAAAUGUCCCUCAUGUUGCUCAAGAUCAGAGGAGGGAUGAUGAUGCUAUGAAAUCUUCCACGAAAGAUACUGAUCAUAGCAAGGUUGGCUUCGUACAAGUUCAGGAGGUUUCUAGAGAAAGUGAAUCUCCAUAUUUCUCCCAUGACCAAGAGGCUGAUGAGUAUUUUGUCUCCACACCAGAUGAUAAUCUUUCUGAAACCGAGGAGAGUAUUGGCAUCACCUCAUAUGGCCAUUAUGGUAUCGUAGAUGACCUGUCAGAUGAGAGGUACUAUCAGGAUGAAAGUCUUCCCACGAGAAGAGUUAUUGUAGAGGAAAGUGAUGAAUACAAGUUCAUGUCAGACGAUCACUCGUUUGUAAAGGAGAAAUACCCAGAGUGCAUCAUUGAAGAAGAGGUUCGCGUCUCUCCCAUAGUGCAGGAGUCGGUGCUCGAGUUCCUGAGAGAGGACUCUUUGGAGCCCAAAGAGCAGCUGAAGGGAGCGCUAGAGAAGCUACAGAGUGCAGUGUCAGGUCCACUGAGGGAGGAGUUGGCUUUUCUCACAAAAGUGAGUGGUGACAGCUCACAGAAUGUGGCUGUUGAUGUCAAAAAAGUGCAACAGUCAAGUGACAACGGCACCAUGACUAUAGUUGCAGAGCUGAACGUCUCCCAAAGUCUGGAAGACUCUGGGCUGCUGGAGGCAGAAGAUGACCUCUCUGAAGAGCAGAUCAUGGCGGCUCUCAGAUCCUCUAACCUGGGGCUAGGGGCUGGAGGAGAAUACAGCUACAGAGUCUCCAAAGAGGAGGAUGUUGUGCAUGGUGAAGAGUUCGAAGGCCUCAUUAAUGAAGGGGAGUCUGUGUCUGAAAUCACUGAGAAACACAUAAAACUUGGGCCAUCAGAAAAGUCCUACACCUUCCAGAUGGACGUACAGGGCAGCCAUGCUGAGUCGACCUCAGGGCAAGAGCUGCCAUCUCACAUCUUGGAGUCCCCACUGAAGAUUACUCAAGAGAAAAGAAUUGCAACGCUUUACCUUGAAAGCCCGACAGAUGAUUAAGAAUUAAUUUGGUCCUGAAUUGAGUACUUGCCAAUGUUGGCAAGUACUCAAUUACUCAAGUACUCGUUUUUGAAUUGCAACUUAAAAGGUUGUUCUGGUGCAGUGCAUUCAGUCUGCACAACACAUGGCAUUAAUGCUGUUUGCAGACACUGCAACAAGCUUUGCAGUAAAACAUUCUAUAUCUUAUUGACUUUGAAGCGCUCUUUUAUCGUAUCUGCUUAGAGUGUGUCACCUAAAACUUGGUGUACCAAACACGAUUGAAGCAAAACGUAAUUAUUCAGUUAAAAUGAACUGAUUCACUCAUAUUGUUACGGUAUAAAUUGUGGCAGUACUACUAUUAAAAAUACAGAGUGCUAACUAAUAUGGGCUAGCUUAAGUUAGGAUUGACAUCUACACAUUGUAGCAAAUUUCCUUGCUGGUCAAUACUGUUGGAGUGCUGCGCUGGUAUGUGUUAACCUUUCUGCAGCUUGCAGUUUAUCUUUACAGAGGGUUGUUUAUUCUCUCUAGAUUUUUCUAUUUUUGUACUAACCUGUGCUGUAUAUCUUAAACAGCCCAUUCUGCAGUUUACAACACCUCAUCACACCAACAAUCACAUCAUGCCUCUGCCAUGCUGUUGAAUCUGUUGCAAGCCAACAUAUGCCAGUUGGAGUUAUGAGGUGCUGUGAACUGUUUGCAGAUUCGGGCUUUCAUUUUUUAUUUUGACUUGGGCUCUGCUGCCAAAAUGAAUGGUUUUAGUAUAUACUGCAACCUGAAACUAUAACACAGUAGUUAUUUGAAGUAGUCAGUGAUGUGUACAGAAUAUAGUGCUUGUAGCUACAAACAGUAUAGUGGGAGUGGGAAAAAAAUUGUAUUUUGUCUUAAGAAACUUAAGCAAGUUUUGAAUGUUGAUAGAAAGUGUAGAGCAAGUAAAUAUGGCACUUAGAAGUGGCUGUUAAAUAAUUUACAAAGUUAUUUUUUCUAAUUAUUUAACUUUACCCACCUGUAAUGGCACAAUACACAUUGAUUGGUAAAUUAGAAAGAAAUAAUUGCCCAGUAUAUAAUCAAAGCCAGUUUACAUGAUCAAUGUGAUCAAUAUAAAAUGUGUAUUUUUCCCCGGUAUGUGUCAAUACCAUUCUAAAUUCAGAACAGAAAAAAAAAAUAUGAACAUGUCAUGAGGGAGAUGGGAAUUUUUAAUGGUGAACUAUACCAUUUACGAUGCUAAAAAAGGAAAGAAGAAAGAGGAAAGAAUGUAAAGAAGUUAGAAUCUGAAUGAAUUAAAAAAAAAAACAUUCAGUGAGUGUUGUUAAAGAAAAUAUAAUCAUUUCCAGUUUUGAUGAACAGUAUGCCUUGUCUGGAUGCAUUUUUGCAUGUAGGUAUUUGUUGGUGAUCACAGUGUUGGCUUGAAGGAUUCACCUUUGCUCGAACUUACGAGUGUGUCCAUGACCGUGACUAUUUUUGGUUCAUGAGCUUAGUGACAUUGACUGGUAAUUAGGGUUUGUUGUGUUGUGAACUAGUUGCAAAGGCAGAAAUGGUCUGCUGUGAUUACAGUCUGGCUAUGUGUCAUGCACAGUUUGUCUAAGUGGCUGCAAAAUUCACACUUCGUAACUGUUGAAUAAUGUCUUCACAGAUUUGCUUGGUUUGAGCUAUCAUGUUUAAGGGACAGUUCACCCCAAAAUAAAAAAUAGAGAGACAUACAGAUGUCUGUGUUCCUUUGAAUAUAAUGGAACUACAUGUCACUUGGCUUGUGGUGCUCUGUGUGGUGACAUAUAGGUGCAUUAUGUUCAAGAGAAGACAGACAUCUUUACGGCCGCUAUCUCCAAAACAAGGCAACUCACACCAAAAUAAUCUAGAUUGAUAAAUAGCAUUACAGGUAAGAGAAAUGUAUGUAUUUCUGACUUGGGGGUGAACUGUCCCUUUAAAGAAAUGCACAGAAAUGUAAGGUUUAGCGUGAAUGCUAUGCUUUUAUGAACAUGAUCAUUACUAGAAACCUACUAAAUGAAACCUAAAUUAAAAGUCUUGUUGCAUGUAAGUGCCCAAAUACCCCCCAUACAUUCUCAUCUGCAAACUGUAGUAACUUAAACAAAAACACUACUACAUCAGUGCACUUAAACUGUGGCUUAAUAACAAAUCUGUAUAUGUAUGUUCACAGUGUAAUCUG